AUGGCUGUUCUCGAACCUUAUAAGCAUGGCUACUACCUCUGGAAAUACAUCCCAUCUCUCCCAGUCGCGGUGAUCUUCUGCAUUAUCUUCCUCCUCACGGCAUUCGCAUACGCCUACAAGAUCUGGAAGACCCGCGCCUGGUUCUGCAUCCCCAUGGCCAUUGGCGGCUACAUGCAAUUCCUCGGGUACGCCUUGCGAGCCGCCGCCCAUAACAGGACUGGCAAGCUGAUGCCCUUUGUCGGAUCUCAAAACAACAUUCUCCUGGCGCCCGUCUUGUUCGCCGCUUCGAUUUACAUGACUCUCGGCAGGAUCAUCAUCAACGUCAACGGCGAGAAGUUUUCCAUCAUACGGCCCUCAAGACUCACCAAAGUGUUCGUCACGGGCGAUAUCUUGGCCCUCUCUAUACAGGGCUCCGGCGCCGGGUUGAUGGUGGUUAGCGAGUAUGCCAAGAUCGCCCAGGGCAUCGUCGUCGCCGGCUUGGUCUUUCAUAUCGUCGUCUUCGGAGUGUUCUGGACGACAGCCUGGACCUUCCAUUCGCGCAUUAAAAAGGACCCUUGUUUCCACGACAUCGAUAUUGAGAUCAAGUGGGAACAGACCCUUCGCAUGCUCUAUGCGACGAGCGGGUUGAUUAUGGGAAGAUCCGUGUUCAGGAUUAUCGAGUUCAUCAUGGGAAAUGAUGGCUACCUUCUCAGUACGGAGUGGCCGCUGUACAUAUUUGAUUCGAUUCCGAUGUUGGCCGUGAUGUGGAUUUUCUGGUAUUGGUUUCCAUCGUCGGUGGGUAAGAACAUCAAGGGUCGAUGGAUCUCUGCCCUGUCAUCCAAUAACCUUGUUUCUCAGACCGAGAACUUGGAGCUGCGCCAUAUUGCAAAGGCUUAG